GGUAUGGUCACGCCGUUGCUUGGAUAUUAUAAAAUAAAUAUAAAAAAAGAAAACAAGACUAUUCAAUUGAUCCUUUAGAUCUACACCAAAACAACAUGCCACUUCCUCCUCCUCUCUCUCUCUCUCUCUCACGCUUUAUUCACUAAGCUCGAUAGGGUAACCUAGCUAUCCUCGGCCUCCACUGAAGCGAGAGAUUGGUGAGAAGCGGAGGAGAUCGAGCUUCAUUGACGACGUGCCCGAGGAGGAGGACGAGAAGGAAGAGGACGACGACGACGAUGAUGAAUACGGCCCCAAUCGUGGGGGCGGCGGCGGGAUUCGUAAGCAGAGCAAAAAGAGGCCCUCCGGUGGAUUUUCUUGAUCUCGAAGCGGUGGAUGAUUCAGAUGAGGAUGAGGACGGGGUUUCUGGGUUGUUGGCUUAACCUUGAGGUGGAGGUGUGUUCAGAAAGGCAGGAAAACCCAAUUGUAGAAGACGACUUACACUUGUUAUAUGGAGCUGAAUUGGGUUGGGUCGAUGCCUGCACAUCCUGCGAUCACCUGCCUUCUCUCUCCUCCGAUCUUGUUCACAUCCCCACCCCUGAUACUAAUUGCAACAGAUGCCAGCACCCAAGUGAGAACUGGUUAUGUUUGUGUUGUAAGGAAGUCCUCUGCAGCCGUUUUGUAAACAAGCAUAUGCUGCAGCAUUAUCAGCAGAUAAAUCAUUGUGUUGCUCUUAGCUACAGGCAGUGAUCCUGUUGUGAUUGUAAAUUAUUGAUGAAGCAAGAUGAGGUAGAAGUUGAAAGAAAGUUGAGAAAGCUUUGGCUGAUCUUUGUUUUUUAACAACCUUUGGUUGGUCUUAGAAUUGUGAUUGUUGGUUGGUUAUACAUCUGUAUUUGAAUUUUCUAGAGAGUCAUGCCAAGCGGUUGGUUUCUUCUCUUGCGUUUUUGGCUUAGAGUUGAUGGAGUGCUUAUGAGAUUAAGGGAUACCCGUAUGCACUGUGCUUUUGGAGAUAAUGUAAAUCCCAUUAUUCUUCGAGAGAGCUGCUGGAGAGAAGCUACAUUUCAAGCUUUGGCUGCA